GAUAUUUGAAGGCACCCACCAAGAAUCACAGAGCCUCAACCUUAACACAGCCAUGAAAACCCCACCAAUACUCACUCCUAUAGUGCUCUUCCUCCUCUUCUCCCUAGCCAAAGGGGUGAGCCCCAAGUGUGAAGGGCAAGAGCAUGGCUCAACCCUUAAAGUGUUCCAUGUGUUGAGCCCAUGUUCCCCAUUUAGGCCAUCAAGGGCAAUGUCAUGGGAAGAGAGUGUCCUACAGCUAGAGGCCAAGGACCAGGGCAGGAUGCAGUACCUGUCCAGCUUGGUGGCUAGGAGAUCAAUUGUCCCAAUUGCCUCAGGCAGGCAAAUCACACAGAGCCCUACAUACAUUGUGAAGGCCAAGAUUGGUACCCCAGCUCAGACCCUUCUCUUGGCCAUGGACACUAGCAAUGAUGCUGCUUGGCUCCCUUGCACUGCUUGUGUUGGUUGCUCAACUUCCACACCCUUUGCACCUGCCAAGUCCACCACUUUUAGGACUGUUAGAUGUGCUUCUCCUCGGUGCAAACAGGUACCUAACCCCACUUGCGGUGGAAGCGCGUGUGCAUUCAACUUCACUUAUGGCACUUCCUCUGUGGCAGCUAACCUGGUCCAAGACACAGUGACCCUAGCCACUGACCCAGUUCCAGCCUACACCUUUGGCUGCAUUCAAAAGGCAACAGGGACCUCAGUACCACAACAAGGGCUCUUGGGCCUGGGCCGAGGCCCGUUGUCACUCUUGGCCCAAACCCAAAAGCUCUACCAAUCUACAUUCUCCUACUGCUUGCCCAGCUUCAAGACACUCAACUUCAGUGGCUCACUCAGACUUGGGCCUGUGGCCCAGCCCAAGAGGAUCAAGUUUACCCCUCUUCUCAAAAAUCCUAGAAGAUCAUCACUCUACUAUGUGAACUUGGUGGCUAUUAGAGUUGGUCGGAGAAUUGUUGAUAUUCCUCCUGAGGCUUUAGCUUUCAACCCAACCACCGGAGCAGGCACCAUUUUUGAUUCUGGCACGGUGUUCACCCGGCUGGUCGAACCGGCCUACACCGCCGUCCGAAACGAGUUCCGGCGACGAGUUGCCGUGGGCAAGAAACUCACCGUGACAAGGCUAGGAGGGUUUGACACAUGCUACACAGUCCCAAUAGUUGCACCAACAAUAACAUUUAUGUUCUCCGGCAUGAACGUGACACUGCCACCGGACAACAUCCUCAUACAUAGCACCGUCGGCAGCGUCACGUGCUUGGCCAUGGCGGCGGCGCCGGAUAACGUGAACUCCGUCUUGAACGUGAUCGCCAACAUGCAACAACAAAACCACCGUGUGCUCUACGACGUGCCCAACUCAAGGCUAGGCGUUGCUCGUGAGCUUUGCACCUAAUAAUAAUAAUAAGUGGUUCUAGGUCAAGAAUUUUCAUGAUCCCUUGUGGUACAUUAAUAAUCGUGUCAAAUUGGCAUGGCAAGUUAUUUGGGUGUGUUGGUAUUUGAUCUAUAUAUCAUGUUUUUGGCAUUGCUAAGAGUUUAUUGCUAACUAUAUAGGAGAAGAUAGUUCUACAUGUCUAAGGCAUUGCAUGUAAGUUUGCAUGUUUGAAGUUAUAUUUGUAGUAGUGUCAAAAUAGUUAUAUUUGUAGCUUUGUAAUUGCAUGUGUCACGGGGUCAUAUAUCUGUAGCAUUCCCUUGUAUCGUUUAUUAAAGUUCAUUGGAUUGAUAAAGACAUUACAUUAUGGGACAAAGUUCACGGGUAGCCUGUAGCAUUUUAGAAAUAUGAUCCAACUUUUUUAA